AUGAGAGAAAGUCCCCCUCAAUUGUCUCCUCCCACAUUCCUGGAUAAUUUCGAGGACUCAAAAUCAUUGCUCUUCGUCCGUUUUUCGCUCCUGGCAUGCCGCUUGGCGAUAUUAUCGUCUCUUCUAUGGAAGAAGUCGGUCUGUAUGGACACAGUGUCUGUAACUAUAGGCGCUUUGCAAUGGGAGUUUCGCUCCCGUAAGGCCGCCGUUCAACUGGAGCCACAUGAGCACAAUGUCAACAAAAAACGGGAAGCUUAUGUGACCUCUUAUGAAAGAGAUUUUAUUCAUAGACCCAUCUUAUCUCUUUCAAUAAGGCCAAAAACAUCUGGCAGGGUCAGUAGAAGUUUACUGGAUGAUCCAGUGGGUGCAACUGUAUACAGUGAAGACUUCUGCUGGAGGCCUGUGCCAAAGACUGCCUGCAUAAGAUCUGCAACAGCAUCAGGAAACAGAAGCAAUAACCCACACCCAAGCAAGGCUUUCAUGAUAUGGAGGCAUUAUACAGAUCAAAUGAAACAGUUUGAUGGCAGUUCCCCUCUGCAACUGCAUUUUACUGAGAAGGAAAUCCAAAAGGCUUUAAGUGAUCAGUACAGGUCGACAUACAAGUCUGACUUUCUUGGAUUACCUCAAGUGAUCAUGAAGAAACAUGCCUUUAUUGUACCUUUUAACCACAAUCAAGCAGUCCAUUACUUCACCCAGACUGAAAUGAGACACAACUAUCGCUCACCCAUUAUUAAACCUGAGCUGUUGGGGAACACCUCUCGCUAUGGAUGCAAUAAACUGCAUGGUGUAGCAGCAAGGGGAAUUGGAGAGAAACUCAUGGUGUGGCCACUAUCCUCCCCUGAUCUCAACCCUAUUGAGAUCCUAAGGAGCAUCCGCAAGCAAAAGAUCUAUAAGGGUAUCUAUAAAGCAUUAAAACAGCAGCUCUGGAAGGCUAUUCGACAAAAAUGA